CCCUACCCCCUUCUUCUGUUGUCAGAUAAGUUACAAAGCGUGGUAGAAAAUGUAAAUAAACAUGCAAAUUCAUAUUAUUUUUAUUCCUGAUAUGUGAAUGACAUAAUAUUCUUUAUGCGGCAUCAAGAUGGAUAACAAAAAUGACAAAAAGAUCGAAGAACAUGUGUAUCCAGAAGGAGGCUACGGUUGGGUGAUAGUAUUUGCCAUAAUUUUACUCAAUGUUAGUUUAUUAACUCUUAUACAAUGUUUUGGAAUCAUUUUUGGAAAAGAUUUCGAACUGAUGGGCGUCACAGCUGCUCAAACUUCAUUUCUACUUCACUUACAAAGCUCACUUUACUGUAUAACUGGUUUUUUUGGAAGUCCGUUAUUAAAAAAAUAUGAAUUUCGGACGGUGGCCUUCAUAGGUACCACAAUAUGGUGCGCAGGAAUCCUUUUAACCAGUUUUGGUAACUCUUAUACUGCCUUUAUCUUCACGAUAUCAGUGUUAACAGGUAUUGGACAAGGAAUCCUAAUGCCGUCCACGUACCUGGCCACAAACUCGUACUUCAAAAAAAGACUGACUCUAGCUGUUAGCAUAUCAACUACUGGUGCUAGUAUUUUUUCUAUCGUUUCUCCCAAAUUAUGUGAUAUUUUAGUUAGUAAGGUAGGAAGAAAAUAUACAAUUUUAGUGUUAUUCGGAUUAUCUCUUCUGUCGUAUGUCGGAUGUUUCUUAAUGAGGCCCAUCCAAAGGAAAAAAGUGGAACAUCCUGAAGAAUUGACCAAAUUGGAAACUAGUCAGCCAAUCUAUACUAACGAAGACUCAAGUAACGUUUAUAAAGAAACUACUCAGCCAAUCAAACGAAACCCAGUACUACUGAAAUUAAUAAACGUCUUUGACUUGGAGCUGCUCAAAAAACCAUCAUUUAUAAUAGCCAUAUUUUCGCUGGGGGUUUCAUUUGCAGCUGAGCUUAACAUGGUUUUGAUGAUGCAAUUCGUACUUCCGGAAUUGUCCAAAUUUAGUCGAACCGAUGUAGCUAAUAUAACUUCAGUACAGUUUAUUUUUGACAUACUGGGGCGAUUGGUGCUCCCAUUUGCUUGCCACAGUAUUCAUGCACCUCCGAAAUGGGUCUAUGCAGGUGCUCUAAUAGCUGCUACAGGAGCUAGGACUAUACUUGCUACAUACGCCCACUCUUUCACAGCAGCUUAUGCUGCGUGUUGCAUAAUUGGAGCUACAAAAGGUUUGAGAGCCGUCUACCAGUCGGUUAUAAUUCCAAAGCUAGUCCCCCUGGAAAAAUUUGUGGCUGCUAAUGGUCUGCAGAUGUUUUUUACUGGAGCUGUAUCUUUAGCCAUUGGUCCUCUCAUAGGUUCCAUUCAUGAUCAUUUUAAUUCUUAUGUACCAGCACUUCACACUUCAUCAAUCUUGUCUUGUGCGUGUGUGCUGCUUUGGAUUUUGGAAGCUAUAUUUUCUAGAAAAAAUGAAAACAAUGAAUGAUAAUUUAAUGUAGGUUUGUGAUUUUUUCUAAAUAAAUAUUGAAAAAUGUUACAA